AAUAAAAAAAGUUUUGUCUGAAACAGGUUUUAAGACCUCCGAGUAAAGCCCCAAAAUCCAAUGAAAGCCAAAACCCUAAACCUCGUUACAACAAUGCGCAUCUCUGAAUCUGUAUACUCAAUCUUUUCCCGCCGUUUGAGCUCGCUACCAAAGCUUCCAAGAAUCCCAACAAAGUACAAACAACGAGCCAUCAAAGAAGCGCAACAAGCAGUUACCGAUUAUCUCCACCACACAAAGUUCAUACCUUUCGCUUACGCAGAUCACAUUAGCAGGAAUUCUGUAUACAAUCUAUUCAGUCUCAUUUCUAAUGCCGUUAUUGCUUAUAAAACUUCUGAUUUCUCUAAGUCCAUCGUUAGAUUCCUCAGGUACUACCCCAUUAACGAAUUUGAGUUUUUCUUUGAAAGUAUUGGAAUACACUAUAGUGAAGUAGGUAAAUUUUUGCCUGCUAAUAAGUUUUUCUUUUCGGAGGAUCGGAGUGUUUUGGAUGCUGCUGGUGCGCUUUCGAGUUUUGGGUUUCCUUGGAAUAUGUUGGGGAGGUUGUAUAAAGAGGAAGUAUUGAUUUUUAGUAAGAGCUGUGAAGAUAUAACGUCUAGGCUUUAUGGUUUUAAAAAUGAUCAUGGGUUUAGUAAUGUUAUUGUGAUUGGUGUGUGUUUGGCUUUUCCUCAUGUGUUGUUGGUUGAUGAUGAUGAAUUGUUUGAUGAUUUGAAACGGGUUUUUGUGGAUUUUGAUUUGGUGAGUUGGGCAGAAGAAAAUGUGGAUUCUUGGUAUGAGCUUUGUAGGAAGAUUCGCUUGUUUUAUGAUUUGGGUUGUGAGAAGGGGAAGUUAGGUGAAUUGUUGGCUGAGAAUAAAAGAAUAUUAAUUGAUCAUUCAGAAGAGGUAUUGGCUCAAAAGCUAGAGUACUUUUGUAGAUUUGGGGUUAGGAAGGUGGAUGUAGCUUUGCUGCUUCUUAAAUGCCCAGAGAUCCUGAGUUUUGAUUUGGAGACACCAGUGAUUUCUGUGGAAGGAUUAUUCAGUCAUUUUGGCCUGAGUACAAAGGAAGUGAAAUCUAUAUCCGAAAAGUACCCCUAUAUAUUGGGAAGAAAUAAAAUGGCUAAUUUGCCUCAUGUCAUGAGGGCAGCAAAUCUGCAAGAUUGGUUCUUUGACAAGAUCAGGAAUGGAAAUCAUCAACUGUUAGGAAAUUAUGCCUUAAGCAAUCCUGAUGAAGAUUUCAAUAAGGAAUUUAGGGAUGGCUUGGAGAGGGUCCAAUCUUCAAAACUGCGUCUUUAUACUAUGAACAAGUUGACAUUCUUGCAUGGAAUUGGUUAUGGAGAAAAUGCUUUGACUAUGAAGGUAUUAGCUCACUUGCAUGGAUCUUGUAGUGAGUUGCAAGAUAGAUUUGAUUGCCUUCUCCGCUGUGGGAUUGAAUUCUCGAAGGUCUGUACAAUGAUAAGAUUGUCUCCAAAGGUUCUGAACCAGAAUCCUGAAACCAUAGAACAGAAGGUGGACUUCCUCUGCCAGCACAUGGGUGCUUCUUUGGAUUACCUUGAUAAGUUCCCGACAUUUUUGUGUUUUGACUUACAGUACAGGAUUAAGCCCAGGUACAAAUUCCACAUGUGGCUUAUAGAGAAAGGUUUGUCAUCUAAAAAUUACUCCAUUGGAAGCAUGGUUGCUACUAGUGAAAAGAGUUUCAUUACUCGCGUUUAUAGAAUUCACCCAGCUGCUCCAAAGCUGUGGUUUGAGUGUUUCCUGCGCAAAAGACCUCAUAAUAAUAGCUUAAAGUAGAAGGCAUUUUUGUCAAUGAUGAAGUUCAGUAAAUAUCAUUGAGGGUAUCAUCCAUAAUUAUUUUUAUUCAGUAACAAGAAAAUCUUAAGCCAAAUCACCCAUUUCGAGUUUAUUCAAGAGCUGCUUUUUCAACUGAGUCAGCUCUCAAUAGACCACUGCACUAGUAUCGUCUAGAAAUUAUUAUGUCAACUUUCUUGGAAAGUUCUGCCAAUUGGUAUCUGACAUGCCGCAAUAGCAUUUCCAAUUUUUUGCAGAUCCUCCUUGUAAACCACUAAGAUGAUAUUGAAGCUGAAGACUAUGUAGAUUGCUUGUCAUCAAUAUAGGCACCAAUGCCGGCUUAUAAGUCAUAGCACGUUGAGUGGCGUCCACUGAAUGCAAUAUAACAGCUGCUAAUUACGGCAUUUUAUACUUAUCAUUGAUUCUAUUUGUUUAUGAUGAAUUCUUUUAUUGGCGAAUAGAAAAAUAAAAAGCGAAAUUGAUUGGCGCC